CUAAAAGCCUAAAAUGCCCUCUGAAAGUAGAUUAUGUUACGAAAAUGCCCAUCCGGAAUAAACAAGGGAGUAGUGUUGGUUUGGGCGAUAACUCUCCCAAAAUCUAUAUACAGAGGCAGAGGAGGAGUGGGGUACGUAGCAAGAGGGGAUAGCGAGGAAGACAUGAUACGGGCGGUGAUAGUGAUGAACACACAGGGCAAGCCCCGCCUCACCAAAUUUUACGAUUACAUGCCUCCGGAGAAGCAGCAAGAACUCAUUCGGCGCGUCUUUGGAGUCUUAUGCAGUAGAGCUGAGAACGUCAGCAAUUUUGUGGAGGCGGAUUCGGUUUUUGGUCCGGAUACUCGUCUUGUGUACAAGCACUAUGCAACUCUCUAUUUUGUCUUUGUAUUUGAUAGUUCUGAAAAUGAGUUAGCCAUGCUUGAUUUGAUACAAGUUCUGGUGGAAACAUUGGACAAGUGCUUCAAAAAUGUAUGCGAGCUUGACAUAGUGUUCAAUUAUAGCAAGUUGCAUACUAUUUUGGAUGAGAUCAUUUUUGGCGGUCAAGUGCUAGAAACAAGUUCUGCAGAAGUUAUGAAGGCUGUUGAAGAAAUAUCAAGGCUCUCUCUCUCUCUCUGCUUUUGUCUGUUUCUGUUUGUGUGUGUUGGUGUCAAUGGAAUUUUCUGUGUUUCUGUUUCUGUCUGUAUUGGUGUAACACUGGAAUUGUGUAUCAAUACUGUUACCUUCCUGAUGCAGGUUGGAAACAGCCUCAAAUACUAUCACACUUGUCCCUAAGUCCAUUUCUGGUUGGCGAAGUUGAUAGCAUGCAUGAAUAGAAGUCAUUGGAUGCUCUAGUGACGGUGGACGUGUUUUUCAUUACCUCGGAUAAGUUGAUGGCUCAUAGAUGUGCAGUAUGGGUAGUUCCCCUCACACCUUUUUAAGUCCAAGAAAAUGGUUUAUUCGUGAGCGAUCAACAUUGGUUGCUGGGCUGUUUACCACCUGGUAUGUCUGCGCUUAUUGGGUCUGCCUAAGGAUGCAAGAUUUGAAGAGGUGAAGGCCAGGGCUAUGGCGUGCUCCACCUUUUGUAUGUAAUAAAGUCCUUGUCAGAAUGUUAGUUUGAUUUACCAAGAGAACUGUGAGCAUAUUCUCAAUCAUUUCUAGACAUCCUUUAUUCCAAGCUCAUGUAGGUUGAUUAAUUUUUGUAGAUUAUUUUUAGGAUGAACCUGCUGUUAUGGGUUCUCUAUGGUGCUUCUGUUGCAUGAAUUAUCAAGAGAAAUUUUGCCA